AUGAAUGAUACCUUCAUUACCCUAAUCCCAAAGGUUCAAGGUGCCCAUAAAUUUGGGCAUUUCAGACCUAUUAGCCUAUGCAACUUCUGCUACAAAGUUAUUUCAAGAAUUUUGGUGGCAAGAUUACAACCACUACUGGAUAAGCUAAUAGACCCUGCACAAACAGCUUUUGUCCCUAACAGAAACAUAGCAGAAAAUGUUCUGUUGGCCCAAGAAGUAGUGCACUCUUUCUCCACCACCAAGAAGAAAAAGGGGUUUGUGGGUUUGAAGUUAGACUUCCAAAAGGCUUAUGACAGAGUAGAAUGGCCCUUCCUAAUCCAGGUUUUAAAAAAUUUUGGUUUCCACCAGAAGUUUAUUCACCUCAUAUAUCAAUGUAUCUCUACUGUGAGUUUCACUCUUUUGCUAAAUGGGGGAAAAGGCCCUAGAAUCAUGCCUUCACGAGGCCUAAGACAAGGGGACCCCCUAUCCCCUUAUCUUUUCAUUAUUGGAAGUGAAGUUCUUGCCAGAAUGAUUAAUAGAUGCUCAGCCCAAAGAUUAAUAAAUGGCAUUAGGAUUGCCCCAUCAAUAGCUAGAAUCUCCAAACUCUUCUAUGCAGAUGAUGUUUUAUUGGUCUGCAAGGCAAAACAUUCAGAGAUUAAUGAGAUCAUGAACAUCUUGGGAAAAUAUUGUGAUUGGUCAGGCCAGCAAAUCAAUUUUGAGAAGUCAGGGGUCUUUGCUUCAAAAGGGGUUCACUCUCAAUUCCUAAAUCAGCUUAACAAUCAAAGAGGGUUAAAGAAACUUUCGCAAGGUACUAAAUACUUCGGUGUCCCUCUUUUUCUCUCAAGUAGCAAGAAGAAGGACUUUACUUAUCUUAAAGAAUCUUUGGAAUCUAAGGUAAGCAACUGGAAGAGCAAAUCCUUGUCUUGGAUGGGUAGAGCAACACUAGUGAAAUCUAUAGCCUUGACUACUCCGAUUUACGCUAUGUCUUGCUUUCUCAUUCCAAAAAGUUUAUGUGAGGAGAUGGAUAGUAUGCUAAAAAAAUUCUGGUGGAGCCCAUCAAAGAAUUCAAACCGGUAUUUCACUCCUCUUGCUUGGGACAAUUUAUGUCAGCCUAAAUAUUUGGGUGGCCUUGGUUUUAGGUACUUUUCAGAUACUAAUAUGGCCCUCCUGUCCAAAGUAGCUUGGUGGAUUCUAAUUCAGUCCAAUAAACCAUGUGUGCAAGCACUUAUUGCUAAAUACAGGGUGAGAAGAAAUUGGCUUGAUGCAGAUCCAUCCAAGAAGGCUUCUUGGACAUGGAAAAGUGUGGAAUCAGCCAGCCAUAUUCUUAUGGCUGGAGCUUGUAAGCAAGUUAACAAUGGGGAAAGCAUUCUCACGUGGGAAGAUCCUUGGGUCCCGGACCUUCCUAACUAUAAACCGGUUCCAUUGUCUCCUGAUAAGCUAUCUAGUUGCUUGGUGGUGUCUCAGAUUCUAUCACCAGAUAAAUCAAGAUGGGAUGAGUCGAAACUCUAUGAAUUAUUCACUGUAGAAUCAGCCAAGGCUAUCAUGAGAAUUCCAGUCAAAGUGAGUCAUAGGGUGGACAAAUGGGUAUGGGUAAAAUCCCAUAAUGGCAAACUUUCAGUGAAGUCGGCAUAUAAGGAACUUCUUGAUCAUUCUGAGCCCAACGAGUCUGACCAGAUAAAGUCAAAAAUUUGGAAAUCAAAAAUUCAUGAUAGACUUAAGAUGGUUUUAUGGAGAGUGGCUUCAGAUUUUCUUCCAACCAAGGAAAAAUUGGCAAGAUUCUUUCCAGCCAUGGAUCCUAAGUGUCCCCUAUGUGAUGCCUCACCCGAAUCCUCCUUACAUCUAUUUGUCUACUGUCAUGCUGCAAGAUUUUUGUGGGCUGGCAAUGAGUGGGGCUGCAGACCAGAUGCAUUGCAGUUUGACUGCCCAGGUCAGUUUAUAAAAUUUCUCUUAUCCCCCCAAGUCUCUUCCCAUGGCACUUUUGACAGGGAGGGUUUCCUUUUAUUCGGGGCUUUGGUGUUGGAAAAUCUGUGGUAUGCUAGAAAUCAAGCUAUUCACAAAGGAAGUAAAUUCUCCCCAAAUAAAGAAAUCCAAGUAGUCUUAAAAAAAAAUUUUGAACACCGUGUUGCGCUCACUGAUGUCCCCUUAGUGUUGCCUAGACCUUUUUAUUCUUGGAUCAGGCCUGAGCAAGGAGCUGUUAAAAUAAAUUGUGAUGCAGCGGUGGGGCUAGAUCACUCAUUUAUUGCCAUUGUGGCGAGAUAUUGGAGAGGGGAUUUGAUUUUUUCCAUGUCCAAACGGGUGAAAACCAACGUCCCCAUCCAAGCAGAGGCUGAAGCCAUUAAUUUGGCGACUUGUGUUGUUGUUAAACGCGGGUUUGAGUUUGUAGUGGUUGAGAGCGAUACCAAAGCCUGCAUUGAUGCACUCAAAGUCCCCUUUAAUGAAGUGCCUUGGAGAAUUUCAUCCAUUACAGCUGAUACUCUUUUGCUGGCAUUCCAUGGUAAGAAGUUCGUUUUCAGGUGGAGUCCAAGGGAAUCAAACAAGGCAGCCCAUGUUUUAGCUUCUUGGUGCCUUGGGAAAAAUUUAUCUGGAUGUUUUGGUCAGGGUUAUGCUCCUAGCCCUUUUUAG